AUGACGUCUUACGCGCCCUCGAGGAUAGAGGUGGAUGAAGACGACACAAACAACCCCAGCAUGCCUCCGAUCCUGAGCGACUAUGCGCGGGAGCUGUUGGCGGAAAAGAUGCGUUCCACUUCGGGGCCUCCCUCAGCACACAACACCAGUGUUCCUGGCAGGCUACGGAGCUAUGGACGUGAAAUACGAGAUCCCAGAGAGCUUUCCAGCAGCUCACGACGUGCUCCAAUUACCACGACGCCUGCUCGAGCGCACCACAUGGCUGCUGCUUCUACGACACAGGAUGACAUAAUGGAUAGUGACUCUCCAGAACGUCCCUCCCCUUAUAGUCCCCAGACUCCAGGCGUGGGGUUGCGAACAAAAACAACACACGCCACGUCAACAGCACCUAACAACCACAACAACGGACACACUCAAACGACCCGCGUUCGUAGGAUAGGACGAGGGCUGGGUCCUCCUAAACGGGCCCCUCCUCCGUCCGAAGGAGGCGUCCCUGUUCCAGUGGGGGACGAGAUGGUGGUGGAGGAGGUUAUUUCCAACGAGACCGGUGACCUGAGUCCGCAGAUGAACCGGCUGCGGUUUUCGGAAAACCACCACGGCAACGGUGUCAGCCCCAACCGCAGUGGUCUGGUUCGGUCCGACAGAUCUGCGCGGUCUGACCGGUCCAUGGCCGAUCGCUCGGGGUCUUCGGGCAUGGGAGGAUAUAAAUCGUCACCGCUGUCGGGGCCACGACUUCACGAGCGUCAGGUACUCGCUCCCGUGUCACCUAACACGCUGCCUCCUCCUCGAAUGGACAAGUUGAUGCAUAAUGAGGAGCAGCAGUGGCGAGAGCGGAUGGCACGCGAGGAGGAACGGGAGCGAGAGUGGCAGCGUCACGAGAGAGAACGCCAGGAGCGCGAACGGCAAGAAUCGGAGCGGCUCGAACGCAUCGAAAGAGAACGCAUGGAAAAGGAGCACAUGGAGAGAGUGGAGCGGGAGAGAAUGGAACUCGAUCGACAACGAGCACGGGAACGAGAGCGGGAACGGGAAAGGGAGCGCGAUCGAGAACGCGAGCGGGAACGAGAGAGGGAACGGGAUCUCGAGCGGGAACGAGAACGUGAACGAGAUAGAGAACGAGACAGAGAUCGCGAUCUGGAUAUCUCUUCUGUCCAGGCCUAUGACAAACGCAAAAUUACCAUCAACGGCAAACAGUAUGUGCGGUUGGAGAAGCUCGGACGAGGAGGAUCGUCUGUGGUGUACAAGGUGCAGGCUGCAGGAGCCAAGGACGUGUACGCUGUUAAGAAGGUGAUCUUUGACGAUGUCGAUGAGUCGGUCAUCAAGGGCUUCAAGGGGGAGAUUGAUCUGUUGAUGCGUCUCAAGCACGAGAACCGGGUGGUGGAACUCAUGGACUACGAGAUGCGGUCUUCACAAGUCUAUGUUGUGAUGGAGUGCGGUGAGAUUGAUCUUGCCCAUAUUCUCAACAACAGACUGAACCAGCCCCUCGACAUUUCAUUUGUGCGAUACUAUGCCACCGAACUGCUCAAGUGUGUAGAUGCCGUACACCGAAACGGCAUUGUGCAUUCCGAUCUCAAGCCAGCCAACUUUCUGCUUGUCAAAGGCAUUCUCAAAAUCAUUGAUUUUGGAAUCGCAAAUGUCGUCCCCGACUACACCGCUAAUGUCCAUCGAGACGCUCAAAUGGGCACUCCUAACUACAUGGCUCCGGAGGCUCUGAUUGAAACCAAAAACUCCAACGGGGUGGGUCCUCGAAUCAAGAUUGGAAAGCCAUCCGACAUUUGGAGCUGUGGGUGCAUCAUCUACCAGAUGAUCUACGGCAAGCCUCCGUACGCGGAUUUCCAGGGUAUGACACGUAUUGUUGCCAUCAUCAACGAGAAGACGGUGGUGCAGUAUCCGGCCAUCACCCCCCUUGGCAAUGUUCCUGUUCCUCCUGCUGCUAUUGAAGCCAUCAAGGGGUGUCUGAUUCGAGAGUCGAACCGACGGUGGACACUGGAGCAGGUGAUGGACCAUGGUUUUCUCAAUCCCAUGGCUGUGCAGAAGGACUUCAUUAAGAACCUGCUCAGUAACGCCAUUGACUACGGCCAGGCUCAUACCGAGAAGGUGCGUGGUCGGGAGCUUCAAAAGCUGGUGGAUUCUGUGUGGAUGAGUCUUUCCAAGGAGGAGAUUAACCGAAAGUGA